AAGCCAAUUGAGAGAACCAUGCCUCCAAAGUAUGUACCCUGAACACGGAUUUUGACUUAGCCAAAUUCUGCCCUUCUUCUUCCCAACUUCGAUAGCUUCUUUGUCAAGUAAUAAAAACGUGUAGAGUUGUCCAUUUAGGAUCAUAUCACUAGACGCCUAUGAUGGACUGGAGGGUGGCGUUGGUGUGCGUGCGGAUGAGGAGAAGAAGUUGGAUGUUGUGGAUCGAGCUACAGAUAGGUCUUUAGUUGGUUAUUCUGUUAAGUUGUCGAAUUGGGAUUUGUGGCAUCGUCGUUUGGGUCAUCCCCAUUCUGCUCGAUUGAUUGAGAUGUUUAAGAAUAAGUUGUUAUCUGGCACUUUUACUUCGGAUUCGGAUAGUACUUGCACCUAUUGUUUGGAAGCAAAAUUAUCUCAACAUUCCUUUAGUUCGAGCACUACAAUUUAUUCAGAUCCAUUUGAUUUAGUGCACACAGAUUUAUGGGGGCCUUCUCCUACUACAUCUCGCAUGGGGUUUCGAUACUUUGCUUUAUUUAUCGACCAUAAGACCCGUUUUGCCUGGGUCUAUUUUCUCCGUCAGAAAUCAGACUUGCUUGAUGUGGCCAAGGAGUUUAUUCAGAUGAUUCGUACCCAGUUUGGGAAGGUUAUUAAGGUUCUUCGUUCUGAUCCAGGAGGGGAAUUCUCUUCUGGUCCAUUACAGGCAGUCUUUAAAGCUCACGGUAUUCUUCCGCAGCAGUCGUGUCCUGGAGUUUCGCAGCAAAAUGGCCUCGUAGAACGCAAACAUAUGCAUGUCUUGGAGCUGACUCGGGCAAUUCUUUUUCAGUCCCAUAUACCUUCAGGAUUCUGGGUUGAGGCAGUUCAUACGAUUGUGUAUUUGAUUAAUCGUCAACCUACUCGUGUUCUCUCCCAUCGCAGUUCGUAUGAGCUUCUCUAUUCGCGUCAGCCUGACUAUUCCUCACUUCGUGUUUUUGGCUGCGUUUGCUACGUUCUGCUCCCUCGUCGUGAGCGGCAUAAGCUAGCUCCUAAGGCUAUUCGGUGUGUCUUUGUGGGAUACAGCGAUAAACACAAAGGAUAUGUGUGUUAUGAUGUGGCUAAUCGAAGGGUUCGAAUUUCAUGUCAUGUUGCAUUCUUGGAGCAUCUCUCAUACUACCCGGUUUCAGAUUCUUCUACUCGACAAGACCUUGAUUUUCUUCGCCCUCCGCUCGUCUUCUUGGAUCCGCCAUCUCCUUUUGGUGAUGAGGGUCCAUCUGAUUUAGAUUCUGGGUAGGGGUCGACAUCGAUGGAUAAUGGAUCCUCACACUCCUCUUUGAGUUCAUCGGCCUCUUUCUUGUCACCUCCACGCACUCCUUCCACCUUGCUCUCGUCGAGCUCCUCUAGCUUUGACUCUUCAGCUUCAUCGAGUUCAUCAUCAUCUUCAGCCUCGCAUGAAGUGGUUUCCCCAGUUCUGAACGAAGACCCUCCUCCUCUUCGUCGUUCCCUAUGGGCCACAAAGGGUUGCCCUCCACCUCGUAUGUCAGACUUUGUGGUUUUUUCCACCUCUCCUAUUCCUGUUCCAGCUACUUACAAGCAAGCUCAUGGUCAUGCCCAGUGGGACGAGGCAAUGGCAGUAGAAACUCGAGCUCUCGAAGCGAAUCAUACUUGGGAUGUGGUGCCCCGGCCAAAGGAUCAUCCGGUUAUUGGUUCAAAAUGGGUCUAUGCUCUGAAAAUGCUUCCUGAUGGUUCGGUUGAGAGGUUUAAGGCGCGGGUUGUGGCUCAAGGAUUUCGCCAGGAGUUUGGUAUUGAUUAUGGUGAGACCUUUGCCCCCGUAGCGAAGAUGCAGACUGUUCGUACUCUUCUUGCUGUAGCCGCCAUGAAGGGAUGGGAGUUGAAGCAGUUGGAUGUUAAAAAUGCCUUCUUACAUGGUGACUUAAAAGAGACUAUCUAUAUGGAGUGUCCUCCUGGCUAUAAUAAUGGUGACAAGUCCAAGGUUUGUCUUCUGCGUCGAUCACUUUAUGGGUUAAAGCAAGCUCCCCGUGCCUGGUUUGAAAAAUUUCAUAGCACAAUCUUGCAGGCUGGUUUGCAGCAGAGUGAUAGUGAUCCGUCCUUGUUUCUUCGACGGUCGUCGCACGGUUUGACAGUUUUGUUGAUCUAUGUUGAUGACAUGGUCAUUAGUGGGGAUGAUACUCUUGGCAUUCAAACUCUUACCAAGGAUCUUCGUGCAGCUUUUAAUCUUAAAGAACUUGGUGAUCUGUCAUAUUUUCUGGGGCUAGAGAUUCAUCGGUCACCCACUGGUUUGUUUGUCUCGCAGCAAAAAUACAUUGUGGAUCUUCUGGAAACAGCUCAGAUGGAUACUUGUCAGCCAUGCUCUACACCUAUGGAACAAAAUUUGAAGCUCUGUCGUGAUGAUGGUGAUCUAUUGCCAGAUGGUUCCCUGUAUCGCAGUAUAGUUGGAAGUCUGAUUUAUUUGAAUCAUACUCGUCCUGAUAUCAUAUAUGCUGUACAGGUUGUGAGUCAAUUUAUGUCUGCUCCACGUUCCUCUCACCUAGUUCAAGUUAUGCGUAUUCUGCGUUAUCUGAAGGGCACGCAGGAUGUGGGGUUGUUCUUUCCUUCAGAGGGUGAGUCCGUUCUUGAAGCUUAUGCUGAUGCUGAUUUUGCUGGCUGCUUGGAUACUCGUCGGUCUACUUCAGAAUGGUGUGUGAAAAUUGGUUCCUCUUUCAUCUCGUGGAGGUGUAAGAAGCAAGAGCGUGUUUCUAAAUCGUCGACAGAGGCCGAGUAUCGAUCGAUGUCUGAAGUCACCUCUGAGCUCGUGUGGCUUCAUCGGUUGCUCUCCGAGCUUGGGAUAGUUUGUCCGGCUCCUAUGCGACUUUAUGCAGAUAACACUAGUGCUAUCAAGAUUGCUACAAAUCCUGUUCUCCAUGAUCGUACGAAGCACAUUGAAGUUCAUGUUCACUAUAUUCGUCAGCUGGUUGAGGAAGGGCGUUUGGCGUUAUCAUACAUAACUUCUGAGGAUCAGACUGCUGAUCUGCUGACUAAGGCUGUUGCUACAUCUCGUCACUGGUUUCUAGCAUACAAAUUGAUGUUGCGUAAGCACCAUCAAUUUGAGGGAGGAUGUUAGAAGUUAUAAGUUUAUGUAGCUAAAUGUAAUUAGUAAAUCUUUUAAUUAAUUACAUUUAGAGCCUUAGUCAGAUUAGGGCGGCUAGGUAUAUAGGUUGGCAGCCGCCUCUUUUGUACAGAGAACUCAGAACUCAAUUCUACAAGUUAUACGAUUGACUCUGAGAGGUUGGUCCUCUCCGUGGAUUAGUCUCAACGAUACUCGUUGAGGAUACCACGUUAAUUCGGCGUUGUUCUUUCUCAUUGAGUUUGGUUUACAACAACUGCGGAAAGUAGACCCUUCAUUUUCACCAUCUCUAGAGCAAAAUCAAUUGCCUAAAGCUCUGAUCCGUCGAUCACCAGUGUCGCUCCUUCCUCACUGUAGUCAAAAUGCACUUUCUCAUUGUGUUCCUGCACCACUACAACAUAAGAAGUGGUAAAUGCUCACAUAAAAACUACAUUUAAACGAUUGUUGAACUAAACUAAUGGAGCUGGUCUAAAAUAUGACCCAUAAUCAUUUCGAAAAAACAACCCCUCUAGGCUAAAUAAAUUGCACCACUAUAAAUUCUUUUAAGAUUUUAAUUAGGCUCAAUAGUAAUUGUAAUUUGAGAUUGGAAUAGAUCAAGAUGAUGGCAUAAUCUUGCUAGUUUUGGUAGGGAGGUAUGAUGAUAAGUGACUGGUUGCAGCUUUUCCCCCCUUGCUUGAGGUUGAUGGACCUUUCCGUGUGGGUUUCGGCCUUUUGGGUCAUCACAAACAUAAUGGAUUUGGGUUCUCCAAUCACAAACAUAUAUUUACUGUUUCAAAUCACACAAUCUAAUUGGGCUUGGGCUCCGGCCCUGAGAAGCUGACAAAGUUAAUUGUGCCUGUCCAGCAAAGGUAUCCUCCACUUAGUCCUUUCUCAACUCCGAAUCAAGGAAGUAGUGAUGACAAAAUACACGAAUAUAUGUCCGAAUUCGACCUAAUUAGGUAGGGUAAAAUCUAAUUUUAAAGGAGUUUUAGUGGGUAUGGAUAAAAAUCGAAUCCGAAUAUUGUGGGUAAUGGGUGGACAUAAUUUUCUCACUAUCCAAUCCGAACCCGCCCGAUUAUACACAUAUCUAUGUAUUUUGACUAGAUAUAAUCAUUAUAACAUAUUGUAUAUUUAGCAUAUAAAUAUAAUAUUUUCAUGAAAUUGUGUUACUUUAAUUAAUUUUCUUCAUUCUAGUGAAUUAAUGUUCAACUUUUCCUCUUAUAUAAUGUGAGAAUACUUGUGAACGUUAACAUAUUGGUUGAAAUUAUUACUCAUUGAUAACCGUGAAUACCCGAAACCCAAACGGGUAUGAGCAUGGUUUUGAUAUUUUACCCGAUUCUUAUGUGAAUAUUGGUAUAGGUAAAACUCAAACUAUUUUGGGUAGGGUAACGGCGAUGCACUAUCCACCCCGACCAUGUAUUUGAUUGACCUUUACAAUCAAAGUAUCAUUAUCUCAUGAAAAGGUAAGUACGAACUACGAACCACUAAGUAGACUAAACGGCCAUAUCAUUGACCUGACAAAGUUAUUAUUCAUAGUAGUGAGGGAGACUCAAAUAAAUAAAAAUAGUAUUUAGCAUCUCAAGAUUAAACUCUGGUUUUGAAGGAAAGGAUGAUAGUCUAUUAUCCGGCAUUCUUCUAAUUUUGGCUUAUUAUCAACGUUUGAGAAAGUCUAUCGCAUGCCGAACUGGAAAGUGUAAGCGGUUUUAACGCUAGGAAACAAUUGAACUAUGAUUUAAUUAUAAUUUUAAUACAAAAUACUCUAAUCUCCUGUAUAGUUCGAUAAUCCUUCGCUUAGUGUACUCAUGCACAUAUAAUAAUAUCAUGAAAAGAAAAAGCUAUAAUUUUUGCCUUUUGUGAUCAAUAAUCUAAGUAAAACUAGUGAUAAAUAGCAAAAACUCGUAUGAUUUAAAAUGAAGCAUUUAGAAAUUAACUAGAUAAUUAACUAGAAAUUAACUAGCAAAAAAUCAUAUGAUUUAAAAUGAAGCAUUUAGAAAUUA